AUUAUGCGAACCGGAAGUGUCCGUUUCUGUUUUCACGUGUUGGUUGCAGGGAAAGAUGACGGACAGCGUUGCAUCGAAAAAGCCCAAAUUGUCCUGUUCUCAGGGCGAGGACAGAGUAGAUUGGAAGAAAUGGAAAGCGGAACGAAAAGAGAUCAAGAAGCAAAUCAAAGAAUCCAAGCUGAUUCAACAACUUGACAAGCAGAAGCAAGAGGAGGAGGAGAAGACUGAGGCAGCACUGCAGCAGAGUCAGAGGGAAAACCGAUCAGGACGGUCGUACACAGUGAGCGUGGCCUUGCCUGGUUCUGUCCUGGACAAUGCCCAGUCUACAGAACUCCGCACAUACCUGGCUGGACAGAUAGCCAGAGCCUGCGUCGUGUUCUGUGUCGACGAGAUCAUCGUAUUUGACGAACAAGAUGAGGAUGUCAAGACUGUUGAGGGAGAAUUCAAUGGUGUCGGCAAGAAGGGUCAAGCCUGCAUUCAACUGGCUAGAAUCCUCCAGUUCUUGGAAUGCCCACAGUACCUGCGCAAAUCAUUCUUCCCAAUGCAUAAAGAUUUACAGUAUGCCGGCUUGCUCAACCCUCUGGACAGCCCUCACCACAUGAGGAAGGAUGAUGAGUGUGAGUACCGGGAGGGGGUGGUCCUCGAUCGGCCUAGCAAACCAGGAAAAGGCUCCUUGGUCAACUGUGGAAUGUGGAAGGAGGUGCAGAUAGAUAAGCAGCUACAGUCUGGUCUCAGAGUCACUGUCCACAUGAACAAGAUCCAGAAUAAAGAUGGUAGACUACACAAAGGGGUGGUGGUGGCGCCUCACAAGCCGCGAACAGAGGGAGGUCUGUACUGGGGCUACAGUGUUCGCCUGGCCUCAAGUCUAAGUAAUGUGUUCACCGAGUGUCCACAUAAAGAGGGCUAUGAUCUGACCAUUGGAACAUCUGAGAAAGGCAGUGAUGUUGACAAAACUUCUCUUUCUCCAUUCAAGCACAUGUUGGUUGUGUUUGGUGGUCUGCUGGGCUUGGAGGCCAGUGUGGACGCUGAUCAGAACCUGGAGGUGACGGACCCCGGUGUCCUAUUUGACCUGUACCUCAACACCUGCCCCAAUCAGGGCAGCAGAACCAUCCGCACAGAGGAGGCCAUCCUGAUCUCCAUGUCCAGCCUGAGGCAGAAAAUCACAGCCGCAUUUCCAGACAAGUCGAACGGUUCAUAACAGGAAGUGGCUACUGACAAACCAUCACUAAGAGGAAGACUAAAGGAUCUACAAAAGAUUCACUUUUUUGGGGAACUGGGUGAAGCUAACUGACCCAGGAGUCAAUUUAAUAUUUAAAUACUUCUGGGUUCGAAUGAAUGGACAUUGCUGGGAUUAUUCUGUGCUGUUUUUUUAUUUAUUCAAGGGUAAGAGAUCACAGCAUAAGUGAAGAAGAACCUAGUGUCUUGGCCAUGAGACCUCAUUCUUGGUGUUUCCUUAUUUACAUCCUCUCUCUUUGGUAGCAUUUUGCUAGUUAAAGCUAACGCUAGCUUUGCUCUGUUUCUACUAUCCCCUCUGUAUAGGAUUCCAGGUGAAUUAAGUCAUUUAUAUGCAUCAGUUUUUGUAAUUUGUUCUCAAGACGCAUUACAGAACAUACAUGAAGAAUAAGUUGCUGAACACAAUGCUAACAAUAAAUAAUGCAAUACA